CUCGCCGUCUGACUCUUUGCCUCCCUUUGUCUUCUGGCUGGCGCUCGCUAAGAGAGCGAGAAAGGAAACAAGGGAGGAACAAAAAGGCCAAAAAAGCAACAACCCCUUCUUCAACUGCUCCACUUCCACCAUUCCCAUUUUUUCAAUUUUCAUUUUCUUGAAGAUCCGAAGAUAAAAAUUGAAUCUUUUUCGAUACUGCUUAAGCCAAACGGAGCUCCGAUUCAGCUUCCGACGCAACGCGUUUCCGUCAAAUCACGGCGUUUCUUUGGUUGACUUUUUGGUCGUCUCAUUUUUAUUUAUUUAUUUUUCACUCGAUUUAGAGUUAGGGUUUGGGUGUUCCAUCGAAUGAAAUCUCUCCCUCUUUAAACAAUUAUUCGAAGUUUCUUCACGGAGUUUCGCCUUCGAAGGGUUAGGGCAUCGAGAGAAAUGGAAGCGUCUGGUACCGAUCCUGAUGCAUAUAGAGGUACUUCUGGAAUGAGUGGUAAUUCACGAAGAUAUGGAAUGUUUUCGGCUUCGAAUAUAAUUCAGGCGCCUAUAUCGACUUUGUUAGAGUACUCUGGUCUUUUGAGAACGAGGCCUAAUCAUCAGGAAUCACAGUCAUUGAUUAGUGGGGGUGUUUCAUCUUCACACAUUAAUAAUCAUAAUCGACUUGAAGAUCUUACUUUAAACAGUACUAAUAAUGGAGAGGUUUCGAUUAGGAUAAUUGGCGCUGGGGAGCAUGAACAUGAGAGGGAAGGGUCGGCAGGAUUGGUGGUUGGGCAGCCGAGGGAUGUGAGUGGUCAGAGUGAAACACCAUCUGUAUCCUUGGAAUCUGAGAAUCAGGGAGAAGGUAGAAGUGGUCGUGGGGUGGUGAAUGGGGAAGGCGCUUCACAGUCUUCUAAUGGAAACGGUGAUGCAGAAACUGGGGAUGGAGCUGGGGUUAAUGGUAGGGACUCAUCUUAUCAGAGAUACGAUAUACAGCAGGCUGCUAGGUGGAUUGAACAAGUCCUUCCAUUCUCUUUGCUUCUCUUGGUCGUCUUUAUUCGCCAGCAUUUGCAAGGUUUCUUUGUUACAAUUUGGAUUGCUGCUGUGAUGUUUAAGUCAAAUGACAUUCUACGGAAACAAACAGCUUUGAAGGGAGAGAGAAAGGUCUCUGUUCUGAUUGGCAUCUCGAUUGCGUUCAUACUUCAUGUGCUUGGUGUUUACUGGUGGUUUAGGAAUGAUGAUCUUUUGUACCCUUUGAUCAUGCUUCCUCCCAAAUCCAUGCCACCUUUCUGGCAUGCUAUUUUCAUCAUCAUGGUGAAUGAUACUUUGGUCCGGCAAGCAGCAAUGGUUUCCAAAUGCUUUCUGUUAAUGUAUUACAAGAACAGCAGAGGCCGAAACUAUCGAAAGCAGGGUCAAUUGUUAACUUUGGUUGAAUAUCUGAUCCUGUUAUAUCGUGCCUUGUUGCCAACGCCAGUAUGGUAUCGUUUCUUCUUGAACAAAGAAUAUGGUAGCCUCUUCUCAUCCUUGAUGACAGGGCUGUACCUAACUUUCAAGCUCACCUCUGUAGUUGAGAAGGUGCAGUCCUUCUUCACUGCACUGAAGGCAUUGUCACGUAAAGAGGUACAUUAUGGGGCUUAUGCAACAUCAGAGCAGGUAAAUGCAGCUGGGGAUCUGUGCGCCAUAUGCCAGGAAAAGAUGCAUGCUCCUAUUCUACUUCGUUGUAAACACAUAUUUUGUGAAGAUUGUGUCUCAGAAUGGUUUGAAAGGGAAAGGACUUGCCCGUUAUGCAGGGCUUUGGUGAAGCCCGCCGAACUCAGAUCAUUUGGUGAUGGAUCAACUAGUUUGUUUUUCCAGAUAUUCUAAUGUGAUUAGUGUAAAAAUGGGCAAGUUUUGCAGCCAUGAAGCUCAGAAAUAUUCAUUCAAAGAAGCCUUAUGGCUAGAUUUGUCACCUACACCCCUUAAUUUGGCUGUACUCCACUCUGCCAUGUUUAUCGGCGCCAAGAGAAUCAAAGCAUUUAGUGAUGCGUAUACGCGUACUGGUUUUCUGUUAGUAUAUGUUGUGUUGAAGAAUGUUGAAGAUGGGAGGUAUGUUGAAUGUAUCUAAUCGGGCCAUUAAGUUAACAGGAUUUUUCCUUCCUCAAGAUAACAAUAUAAAAUGCCAAAUGUUCAGUUGGUAUAAAUGAAAGCUUUACCCCAGCCCCUUUUUGAGUGUUCAA